GCAAGGCCGCAAAUUAAACAGCUGUGUUGCGUUCUUCUUGGCAUCGGCAUAUUAUUCAACAUGUUCCAGGGAUUGUUCCAAAGAACCUGCCUGACGGCUAUAAACACGGCGCAAACGUUGUUUGUGCGACAAAAGCACGCCUUUGACCGCGGGAUCCUUAAAACCAAAUUGCGCUGCCACUUUCCUAAACCACGCGAAGUCAAACGAAUUAAUGUGCACGGUUGGGAAGCCAGGCUAUCCACACCGGAGGGACGACGUGUCAUCAUGCGACGUAUACUGAAGGGCAGGCACAAUCUCUCUCAUUAGAACACAACGCUUUCACGCUUUUAUAAGUAAUAAAUUUCUACUAUUACAAACAAA